CUCCAUUAAAUAUCAGACCUGGUUGGAGUGGACACAUCAAAGGCUCUUGAAAAAUUGAAUUGGUUGCUUCUGCUCUUGUUUUGUAGUCGUCCCUACAUUUCUUGUUCAGUGAUUUUUUUUAUUGAUCAUUUCUAAGAUUAUUAAAGAUAAAGCUAAGUUCCGUUAAAGAUGGAUCAUUUAUUUAUUAUUUACCAUGCGUCAGACUAAUCUCAAGCUCUCCAGAGCAUCCUUACCUGAUCUAAAUACCAUUUUCGGUAGCUGUGGAACCUCUGUGUCAGCCAUUUUAUUUUAAAUGUUCUGUGUAUAACAGAACAUGGUGAUUUCUACUUAUUUUAAUUGUUAGCCAUAGUGAUUUCUUCGUCUGCCAUAAUACAGUUGAUUGAUCUGUGUUGAGAUUGCAAGUUUCUAUUCAAGCUCCUCUUCAAGUGAAGUUGAUGUGAAAGUAAUGAUACUUGUGUAUCUCAUGUGGAAGGGUCCUUUGUAUGAUAGCAGUUGUGCCAUCUAUGAAAAUUGACAUCUUUAUGCAAGACUCCAUGUCUUCCGGUACAUGUUGACUAUGUUGAAAGGGACAACACAAUUUGACACCUAUUUCAAAUGAGAGAAAAUAUGUAUUUCAUGAAAUAUUGAAGCUGAUAUGUGGAAGCAGAUUUGAAAUUGAAAAUAAUUUUUUUUUGCUUCAUUUUAGUUGAUUAUGCAAAACAUUUAUACCUCUUUCUGGUAAUUCUUCAUUUUCUUGUCCGUGCCUGGUGUGCAGUAAUCAAGCCUAGAAACCAUGUUCCUUUGAGUAUAUUUGAAAGGUAGCCAACCAAUUGCCAGCCUGACACUUUCAGCAAUUCAAAAUUUUUACGACUAAGCGUAGACCAGGCGUGGACCAGCGAUUUACUGAAAGGACUUAGCGCUGGCCUGGUGCGGUCCAGCCAUUUACUUGGAGGACUUGAUUAGUGCGGACCUGGUGUGAACCAGCAAAUAACUGGUUCACACUUAGUGCGGACCUGGUGCAGAAGGGCUUGAUUAGCGCAGAACUGGUGCGGACAACAUAUUUUACUGAAAGGGGUAUUACAUUGAUUUGGGUCGGAAGGAUUGAAAAUUUGGAGGAAACUCCCAUAACACCCGGAUCUGAGAAAAAAGAGAUUGGACAUUAUAAUAAUUUCAAGAAUUUUUUUUUUCUGAUAUCAAUAUAGGCCUAUGAGUAUCUUCAAACAUCCAUUUUAAUAGGUAUUUUAAUAGUAUAGGCCUAUUAAUGAGUAUCAUUGGAUUAUUUUGCUCAUCCCUCUUAUGUAAUCAUUGGAUUAUUAUUCUAGGCCAGUCGAGGUAUGACACAUUGACAACGAUAAGUCUGUCCUUUAUCUCGGCUUUUCUUUUUUAUUUUGUUCCGACCUUGCCUCCAACUUCCUGCAUUCAUUCUCUACAAUAGGGCCCCUAAUCGGUGAACCAAUGCCAUAUACAUGUAAAUAACACACACCCUAGCAAAUCUUCAUUUUGGAUCAUAAACUUUGGACGUAAUCGUAUCAUUCCAAUUCACUGUAUACAGGAGUUCCGCUUUGGGCAUGUUCUCAAGUGAGCUCAGAGACUGUAUUUCUUACUGUUAGAGUGUGUACCUUGCUUCAUUUUAUUCUAGAUACUAUUUUCAAGGGGCAAUCUGUUGAGAGAUAUUCACUUUCACAAUAGGCCUAUAGUUUUGUGUGACCUGAGAUUCAUAAAAGGAAAUAAAAUGUGUUUUCAUAAUGGAUGCUUCAUUGUUCUUGGAUAUUUAGUACACAGGAUAUCACUCUCAACAUAAACCUAAGUGUUUUCCGAUUAAUUAAAGGAGCACAUAAUUUCUGAGAAUCAUCAAAUAGUUUAAACCUUUGGUAAUUGUGGUUUCGACAUCAUUCAAUUUGAGAGCUGUUCAUUUUACAAAUAAAUGAAUAGUAUUAUAUUCCUGUGUUUUCAGGAUUUUUUUCAUUAUCAUCAAGAUAACUGAAGGAUAUGUGCGGAACAACAUUUUCUGCUCAUGUAAACAAGUGAUAUCGAAUGACACUCAUCGAUUUCAGCCGUGAUGUUUGGCGUUUUGGAAACGUACACUUCUGCAAAUGCAAUUCCUUUAAUUGCACCGAAGGAAAUAACCAUAGACCUGUAUGUCAACCCUACUGCAUGUUUAAUUCAUGUGUGCAUGAGAGUGUAGUCACAUACUGCCGAUGACGUUGUUGAUCGUCCAUGUGUAGACCGAGCCAUGUAUGUUGAUCUGUCAGCCACAUCAGUCGAGGCUCUCUCGUAUCCCAGCUGUCAGUGGCACUCACAUACCCCAUGUGAAAGUCUGGAUGGAUGCUCUAUGCCUAUCUUCUCCUGAUACUGCCGAUAGUCACUCUGGAUUACGUGGGCUCUGAUUGGAAUACAUGCGAUCCUAUAAAUACUUUUGGAAUAGAACUCCCUCCGUGUGCCGUGUGUGUAGAGUUGUUGACUUGUGUUGUUGUUGGUCGAUGAGGAGCUAUUUGAUUAUUUCUUUACUGUUUGGAUGUGAUUUUAAUGGGAAACAUGUCAUCGUCGGAUGAAGAAAUGAGUGAUUAUGAUCUGGAGGGGUGCUGGGACCUGGCUGAUAUCAACAUGUCCACUGCAGUAACAGCCAGUCGUAACCCAAGCGGCAGUGGCGAGAAAUCCUCCUUAAGCUCCAAUGUCCGCAAGCUACGGCAUCUCUUUGAGGAGCAGGCACACCCAACCGGCAAGCCUCCCCAUGCUCCUAGACAAAUACAGACAACCAACAACAUCAAUGCCAACACCACCACCACCACCACAAGCUCCAGUAGUGCCAAGUCUUCACUGUCCGGGGUUGUUCUCCGGCACAAGGAAUCAAAGUCGGUUCACGGUCGCCCAAGGCCGGCAAGCAAUGAAUACAAUGUGAACGUUCAACAGCGGCUCAGCGGGGAUUUUACAGGUGUGACGGUGAAAGCGGGAGAGGGUAACGGAGAUGACCCCAGGAAAAGAUUCACAAAUGUCCUCAAGAAGUUUGAGGCUGCAAGUAGCCCCCCUAUCCAGCGGAGGGCAACGGGUCCCAGAAGGACCAGUAGCAGCCCGCCGACCAGUCCACCAGUCUUCAAGAAACGAAUCCAUGAAAAUGUGGACAGAUCAGGAGAGCCGUUUGAAGUUGGUAUCCGGAGGGACUCUGAAUCAGAGGUAUUCCAAAUUGAUGUAUCACAUUCCACUUCAAAUGGUGAUGAACCAUUAAACUCAAAGCAUAUACCGUCAGUGGAAAGUAUACCUCAUGAAAAUAAAAUAGAGGAUUCUAUUCCUAGAGCAAAUGGGGAGGUCAAGAGGGAUGUAGAUGCUGAAACCAUACCGAUGGACACUAGCAAUAAGGAGAAUGUGGUUGCAGAAGAUUCUCAGGUUGUCAUGAGGAGAAAUCGCCCAAGGCAAUCAGAGGAUUCUACUGCUGCCACAAGGAGAUGGAGUUUUGGCCAAUCGGCCAGACCAUUCUCUCGGGAAUACUCCGAAGCAGAAUUUCACCAUGUAGAUCCACCAAAGAAAAAAGAAAUGCCUGCCUCAGAAAUUAUUGCAAUUAAUCGUCCUGAUAUUGAUUACGCCGAAAAGUUGAAUGUGGACGUUGAGAACAGUCGUCGAAAAGAUGCAACAGAGCGACUGUCCUCUAGGUCAAAUCAUACCCCCACUCAGGACAGUAAUGUAGACAUUAAAAAGCCACUUGUACAAUCCGUUGAUGAUGAGUAUUCAGUUGAUGACAUUCAUGAAGCGUUGGGCCAAUCACCAUAUUCCACAAGGAGCAUUCCUAGUAAAACCGAAGAUGUCCCGUUUCCGGAAGUUAAACCGCAGAGUCACGAACCCAUCAGAGCUAGCGUAACUGGCAGAGUUGAAUCUUCAGGACUUGUCGCUGAGCUGAGUUCUGGAUCUAAGGAGGAGAGACCUGAUAUUGUAUCUGAUCUUCCUUCUGAAGGAUCGUGCUCAUUCCUUUCCCCCACACCCUCGAUGGAAGAUGAUAUCUCCAAGAACCGCAUCAACCUAACAGCGGAAGCCAUCACAUCGGAUAUAUCCCCUAGGAGUCGUGAUGGUGAUGCUAGUACGGACAUCCUUGCCAUGGCCAUGUCCUUACCAGAAUCGACCAUUGACACUGAUGAAGACGAAGGUGAAGAAGAGAGACGCUCUCACGAGGAUGAACCCCCGCACUUUGAAGCAGAUGACUCGGACAUCACGGAUGAUUCCGAGGAUGCUGUCGGUGGUUAUGACUUGGUGAAGGACGAUGAUGAUGAGGACAUUCGUCACGAGCCUGACAGUGCUCGUGGAACUCUGGAAGAGCUUGAGGACUCUGUAGAGGACCAGGGUUAUGACAUUUCCUUCAACAUUGGAGGGUUCAUGCCUGGCGAAACAAGAUCUGACAGUGAUGAUGAUUCAACGGAGCAGUCGUCAUCUUCAGGAGAGGAACAUGCUGCUGAUGAUACAUCAUACCAAAUCCAGAUCCAAGGUUUAUCAGAUACAGAGGAGGUGGAAGCAAGGCCGAAGGCCAAAGCGGACAGACGGGUAACAUUCAACAGACAACCCCCACAGGUAAGGUUUUAUUUCCUCUAAUCAUAAUCUGAGUCCGACACAUCGGCCCGAAUCCACACAGGUGGUUUUGAAGACCGUCGUUUGAACCCAUGGUUAAUGCAGAUUUCAUGUUUAGAUUACGCUUAAUUUACCAGGUAUAUUAAAAAAGUCCAAUGCGAAUAUGCUAAAUUGAUGGUUGUUGCCAUGGUAGAGCAUGUUAUUUUAUUCAUGAGUCCACUGUUUUGAACAAACAGUAUUUGUGCAGUGGAUGGGUCUCAUUCCAGUAGAUAGUGCACAAACACAGAAGUGAAUAUACGACCCCUAACGUCCGUUCAUUCCCUACACACCAUGCCAUUCUAUCUGGAACAGCACCGGAAAGGGGGAAUGUGAUCUCUGAAAAGGUUCUGGGUUUUUAAUUUCUUGAUCAUUUGAAUUUGAAGGGGGGUUGAAAGUGUGCCAUUCCCAAUGCUGAAUGCUGCCCUCUGUUGGUGAAAUCUGUUAUGGCAUUAUCGAGAGUUCAGUCUACUUGUAUGUCUGAUGACUUAUGAAGGUGGUUCACCUCUCCUGACAACCGUGUCACAAGUAGACCAACCUGUGAUCUUAACGUAUCAGUAUGCUGCCCUCUGUUCACUGGUUGAGUACUAUAUAGUCUUCAUUUUAGAAACUUUACAAACGUUACAAACCCUAGCAUGUAUAUUGCGGUCACGCGAGGAUUUGGAGGGGCUGUAGUGAUAACAAAUCCACUGAAAUUACAACGCAAGUUAUCAUAUUACGUAACAUAACUGGCUCUCAGUGUUCACAACGUGUACACGACCGAAAAACACGCCGUGUACAUGACCGAAAAACACGCCGUGUACAUGUGCAUCAAAAAUGGACUUUCAAAACGGGCCUAAUAUUGAUACCCUCCAUGAAUGAUGAACCAAAAAGUUAUCCAUGACACAGUGUAAAUCAAUAUUUAUUAGGCUCUAAAGUAGAUUUUUUUUUAAAUGUCCAUCAAUGACAAACUGAUCACUCUCAAAUAUGUUCCAUGACAUUUGCUCUGGCGACAGUUGCUGCGAUGGAAAAUCUGCACGUUAAGCCAAACAUAAAACCUAAUCUCCAAGACUAAAUAAAUCCCAAUCCUUAUCUUUACAUUAUUCUUAACCAAAAACUCUUUUACAAUCCUAACUCUAACCCUAUGCCCUCUGAGAUAUUAAGACUGGAGCACACAUCGCAGGAGCAAAUGUCGUUACACCUCAGAUAUACUUGUUCAGUAAAUCGAUUCCAGUGAAUAUCGCUCUAUGUGUGAGCUCAGUGGGAAAAUGAUAGAGUUAUCAAGGCAUGUCGUUAACCUAAUUUUGAGAGCAGGUCAAGUAUCGAUAAUGAUUGGCAGGAGGAGAUUUAGAACUCAUUUUGUAAGACCAUGCUUCCUCCUACAGCUGAUGAUUAUUGAUUUUUCCGACUCUUGCUUGAAAAAUGUGAUUAGACAUUGAAUGUUGACGUGUUGGAAUCCAACAUUCAGGAAUUCGUUCUACGGCUUUGAUCCACAUUUACGUACCCUCACACAUACACACCCACCUCCUCCCCCCACACAUGCAUGUAAAUGCUGCCAAACGGGGAUGGUAAACCCUACCUAGUCUGCUGUGUUUUAUUAUUAUUAUUAUUAUUAAUUGUUUGGCAUCACCUGUGUCUUGGAGACAAAAAGCGAACUGAGAGGCAGUUCUCACUACGUUCCUAAAACUAGUUUACUGGAAACUAGUUUAGUGGAAACUAGUUUAACGCGUAGUGAGAGCGGUCGAAGCGGUCUUGGAAGCGAUCUUCCAAACCAGUUUGGAAAACCACCUCGCGAUGUAGUUUUCAAGAUCGCUUUGCCUCGUUAAACUGGUUUUAGCGUAAGUGAGGACACAACCGUUCUUCGGGAAGCGAUCUUCGCACAUUUUGAGCGCGCUACUCCACACGACAGGUGUAGAAUGCCUAUGCUGCAGUUUCGAAUUUCGCGCGAAACGUGUCACCCCACUGAGAGCGUUUCCAUAGCAACAAGAGCGCUUUACGUGAAGUGAUUUUGAAAACCACUUUCGCGUGAUCAAGUGGGAACGCUAGCAAAGCGAUCUUCCAAAGUGGUUUCCUGAAUCGGUUUCCAGUAAACUAGUUUUAGAAAGCGUAAUGAGAACGGCCUCUUUAUCACUAUGACCCGCAGGUCUCUCCUCCCGAUUUAACUGAUUGGGGGGAGUGCAGUUGGACCUCUACACCGGGGUUUCCCCCUACUCUUAUACGAAUAGUGCAGUGGGUUCUUAACGUGCGAGGGACAGAGUGUUUUCCAUUGUAACAUAGCCUGCAUCUAUGAAACAUGGGAGAGACGUUUACACACAACGCACUGGCUUCAGUUAUCUGCCCGGGGUGGACUCAAACCCACAAUCUUUGGUUCGACGGGCAGACGCGGUACAGACUGAGCCAACAACGCUCUCCAAUUGUAAACCCUUCACUCGAGUUAAGGGCUUGAAUGUGCAACCUAUGAUGCCUUGUGUACUGAAGGCCCUCUCGCUCAGAAUUGAAACGGCAAGUUUUGUAUGUGCUUGUCUUUGCGUUGAUACCCACUUGUUGAUCAAAGUUUCAAUCAGGGUCUGCUCCUGCAGACUAACCCCCAACCCCAACAAACAAUCUGUAUAACUGCAUGCAAGUAUUUCUUUUGAUGUUACUUUUCUUAAAGGACUAUUUGAAUUUCAAUAAAGUUCAAGAUUUGAAAGAUAAAUAUGCUUCAUUCAAUACAGCUCUAAUUGAAAUUCACAUUGAGGAAAUGCAAGAUUAGGGUCAACCUUAGCGUGUUAAUCUAUUCUAGAUUCGGAGAUGGGGGGAUGGAUGUGGGUCGAAAGAUUUAUGAGAGAAGAAAGGGAGAAGAACAAAAACAAAAACAUUGGGAAAGCAUUUAGUGGAGGCAGCACUGAAUUUGAAAUUCAUCAUUCCAACGUGACGUGCCGGGAAGCAGCAGAGAGCAUGAAGUUGUUUUUUUUACGUCACUCCUCCAUCGUCUAAAUAUAAACCAUGCUUUUGUAUGUUUUUAACCUCUAGAAUUUUUUAUGAAUUUAAAAGAAAAUUUUGUUAGAUUCUAUUUAUACCGAUCUGGACAGCGCCUAAAGUGUAACACCAUGACAGAAAAUGUGGGAUGCACAAAAUACUUUUUGUUUAUAAGGGUGCUCUGAAAAAAAUAAAAUGUGUUUGCUCCUUGUAACUAGAACUUGCUUUAGUUGGGUUUUAAUGGCCAAUAAAAUAUAGUUAAAUUUAUUUGUUUUGACUAACAAUAAUAGCGAUAGAUAUUUCUUAUUUUCUGUCAAAGGGCAUCUAUGCAUGAAUCUUAUCUUCCUCAGUGAGAAAUUUUUAUAUUUGAAUUCAAUCUCUGCUGUAACAUGUCGUCAUGUCAUAUAUUUAGAAAUAUAUCUUCAUCCUAAAUGAUAUAGAUCAAAGUUUUAUAAUACUAAACAUAUCUGAAGUCUCUUGCAAUCAGCUUAUUGUCAUAUGGAAUCUUUAUCGUCAAAAGUGCUUUUAUCUUUUAGCGCAUGAACUCUUUUUUUUUUAUUUGUCAUUUCCAUCUGAUCUGUCACAUUUCCUGACACUAGAGUCCUAAUUCUCUUCAAUUGUCUAUAAUUUUAGCUGGGGCAGGAAAUUUGCCUAUCUCUGAGAUGCUAAUUUACUCUAUUAAGGGAAGUGUCUUGUGUGGAAACUGCUACUGGAAUCAAUAUUUUCACCCCGAUUCUCGUCUAAUUUUACCUUAUUCAUGGUAUACAGGGCGUCCCACAAAAAAGGAAACCCGUUUUCAGAGAUAAAUUUCAAAAUUAUCAAACAUGUUUUUACGAUGAAUUUGAUACUGAUGGUAAGAGUGGAAUCUCAUCUUUAAUUUGAGACCAACAGCUUAGCAGAUCAUUCAUGUAUGGCAGGUUACAAACAAUGAAUAUUGAGGCCUAUCAGAAACGAUUUGUAGAAACUUGUGUAAGAAUCUGAAUCGACUCUCAUUUCAGGGAUCAGUGAGAGAAACUU